GCCAGGGUAGCGUUAUGCACGGAGCGCCUAUAAAAAGUCCCAUGAGCUGGCGAUUAUUAGCCUGCGUCGUGGCAGGCUUCACGAGCUCCUUGUAUAUAUACGAUAUCUGGUGCUACUCGAGUCGCUGGUGACUAGGACAUACAUAUCCCGCGCUCAUGAUGGUGUCGAGCUUGAACUUGAAGGCUGCGGUCAUCGCCGGCCUUGUUCCUACCAUAUUGGCGGCUGCCACCAAUACUAGUACCACCACCACUGCGCCUGGCACCGCAGUGCCAACGUUGACCAUUUCGACAGCGGUGGCUAGCCCUAGUGCACCACUAGGCGCCACUCUACCUUCGCAGGCACCACUACCCCCAACCCAAGGAUGGUGCAUUGGUCAAAUAUUUUGCGCUGGUUCAUUGCUACAGACAGUCAAUAUUGCUCAGGUGUACACUGAUCCGAAGACGUUCGUAGACAAGCCAACCAGCAAGACUUCUCAGCAAGUUCUUGCAGACUUCAGCAAUUUCAACUUGUCGACGGUUACCGAAGGGCAGAUCGUGAAUUUCGUUGAUAACGAUUUCCUUGGAGAAGGGCUUGAACUGGAAGCUGCUACUCUCACGAACUUCAAUCCUACUCCAGCGUUCCUCAACAACGUGACGGACCCUUUGUUGAAUGCGUUUGCGCAAACUGUUAACGAUUACUGGACUCAACUUGCCCGUAACACCAAUCAGUCUGCUCUUUGUAACGAAUAUCCCGGCGGCUCGUGCGAAAGCUCGCUCAUUCCCCUGAACCAUACAUUCGUUAUUCCCGGUGGUCGCUUUAGAGAACAAUAUUAUUGGGACAGCUAUUGGAUCAUUCAGGGUCUAAUUCAGUCGGAAUUAUAUGACACUGUCAACGCGACUUUGCAAAAUUUCAUGGAUGAGAUCGAGGGCUUCGGUUUCAUUCCGAAUGGUGGUCGUAUCUAUUACUUGAACCGCUCACAACCACCUCUCUUUAUUCAUAUGGUAUAUGACUAUGUUAAUGUGACUGGAGAUACCUCGAUUCUACAACGUGCUCUUCCUUUGGCUGAGGUUGAGCUUGCCUGGUGGGCAAAUAAUCGUACAAUUGAAGUUACGAGCCCGUACACCAACCAGACCUACAUGAUGGCACACUAUGCAGUCAACAACACCGCUCCUCGACCCGAAUCAUAUCUCACUGAUUAUCUGACCGUUUAUGACCCAACGCUUUCUACACCUCUUACGGAUAAUCAGGCUGCCGAGCUUUACAGCGAGCUUGCGUCUGGCGCUGAGACCGGAUGGGAUUAUAGUUCACGCUUCGAGGCUAUCCCUCAGCUUGGCAACCCUGGCCUGCGCUCGCUCAAUGUGAAGAACCACAUCCCAACCUGUCUUAACAGUAUUCUGUACAAGGCCAAUAUACUUCUUGCUGAGCUUUAUGGCACGUCCAAUGCGACCGCAUCCAGCACCCACCUCCAGGUCGCUGCCGGCAUUCGUGCGGGUAUCCUCGACCUCCUCUGGGACCCAGCCAAGCUGGCUUUUUACGACUUUAACCUGACUUCGAAUGCACGCAAUGAUAUAUUUACGGCCGCGACUUUCUAUCCUGUUUGGAACGGUAUCAUCCCCGACGAAGUCCUCGCUUCUCAAUCCAACGCGUUUGGUUACUUCGCAGCGGUCAAUUUGGUGAUGAACAAGUACAAUGGUUCAGUUCCGGUUACUUUUGUCGAUUGGACGGGCUUGCAAUGGGACGCCCCGAACUCUUGGCCUCCACAUCAGUACAUCAUCAUGCAGGCACUCCGGGCUAUUCCGUCUAAUCUUACCACCAACGGGCUGCCUACACCCAGUUCAGAUCAAUCUACAUAUGAUCUUGUUCCGGCAGGCCAACUUGACUUUACGGAAGCUCAGCUUCCUGGUCAACCUUUCCUCGUAGCAGAAGCUAAUGCGAACGCGACUGCAACUGGUCCAGCAGCGGACAUCAACAAGUUAAACGGUACUGUUGUUAAUGGCGGAAAUGCCACUGCGGGCGAAGGGUGGAGGGACACGCUUCAACGCGAGAUGGCUAACAGAUAUUACACUAGUGUGCUCUGCAGUUGGCAUGCCACUGGUGGUUCGAUCCCAGGACUGCUGCCCCAGCUCCCAGCUAAUGAAUUAAAUGUAACUGGUAGCAUUGGUAACACCGGUAACAUGUACGAGAAGUUCUCCAACCUCAAUGUCGACUCUUCUGGUUAUGGCGGUGAAUACACCGUUCAGGCUGGAUUCGGAUGGACGAACGGCGUGCUUCUUUGGGUUGCCUCGACAUACGGCGAGCAGCUCGUUGCUCCGCAAUGCCCACCAGUCAUCGUUACUGCUACUAAUAAUACUAGCAGCACGAGCGCGGCUGUCGGUCUACAGGCAUCGUCUGGGGCCGUUAUCACUGCCGUGGUGACGGCUUUUAUGGCAUCUUGGAUCUUCUUGUAGAUGUUGUAGAUGCCGAUUGUUGGCUGAGGUCCAAAACCUCGCGUACACAGAGUAUGUCGCAAAUUUGUUACACCAGUACACUGUUAUUGUUAUUUUGCCCUUGUGGUGUGUAGAAAUCCAUCGUGACUCUUACUAGUCACUUUACAAAUAUACAACAGCAGCGAGCACGCCACUCCACCAAAGGCAUUCUUGCCGUGGGUUCUUAGUAUGCAGUCGUAGCAAUCGAGACUUGCAGCGGACUUCGCAUCAAGUCAAUUGCAU